CACCUGCUUCUGGGCGGACGCACUUGGCGCGCGGCGCGGGCUGCAGACGGCUGCGAGGCGCUGGGCACAGGUGUCCUGAUGGCAAAUUUCAAGGGCCACGCGCUUCCAGGGAGUUUCUUCCUGAUCAUUGGGCUGUGUUGGUCAGUGAAGUACCCGCUGAAGUACUUUAGCCACACGCGGAAGAACAGCCCGCUACAUUACUAUCAGCGUCUCGAGAUCGUCGAAGCCGCAAUUAGGACUUUGUUUUCCGUCACUGGGAUCCUGGCAGAGCAGUUUGUUCCGGACGGGCCCCACCUGCACCUCUACCAUGAGAACCACUGGAUAAAGUUAAUGAAUUGGCAGCACAGCACCAUGUACCUAUUCUUUGCAGUCUCAGGAAUUGUUGACAUGCUCACCUAUCUGGUCAGCCACGUUCCCUUGGGGGUGGACAGACUGGUUAUGGCUGUGGCAGUAUUCAUGGAAGGUUUCCUCUUCUACUACCACGUCCACAACCGGCCUCCGCUGGACCAGCACAUCCACUCACUCCUGCUGUAUGCUCUGUUCGGAGGGUGUGUUAGUAUCUCCCUAGAGGUGAUCUUCCGGGACCACAUUGUGCUGGAACUUUUCCGAACCAGUCUCAUCAUUCUUCAGGGAACCUGGUUCUGGCAGAUUGGGUUUGUGCUGUUCCCACCUUUUGGAACACCCGAAUGGGACCAGAAGGAUGAUGCCAACCUCAUGUUCAUCACCAUGUGCUUCUGCUGGCACUACCUGGCUGCCCUCAGCAUCGUGGCCAUCAACUAUUCUCUUGUUUACUGCCUUUUGACUCGGAUGAAGAGACACGGAAGGGGAGAAAUCAUUGGAAUUCAGAAGCUGAAUUCAGAUGACACUUACCAGACGGCCCUCUUGAGUGGCUCAGAUGAGGAAUGAGCCCAGAUGUGGAGGGCGUAGAUGUCCCACUGCACAGCUGGAAUGAAUGGAGUUCAUCCCCUCCACCUGAAUGCCUGCUGUGGUCUGAUCUUAAGGGUCUAUAUAUUUGCACCUCCUCAUUCAACACAGGGCUGGAGGUUCUACAACAGGAAAUCAGGCCUACAGCAUCCUGUGUAUCUUGCAGUUGGGAUUUUUAAACGUACUAUAAAGUCUGUGUUGGUAUAGUACCCUUCAUAAGGAAAAAUGAAGUAAUGCCUAUAAGUAGCAGGCCUUUGUGCCUCAGUGUCAAGAGAAAUCAAGAGAUGCUAAAAGCUUUACAAUGGAAGUGGCCUCAUGGAUGAAUCCGGGGUAUGAGCCCAGGAGAACGUGCUGCUUUUGGUAACUUAUCCCUUUUUCUCUUAAGAAAGCAGGUACUUUCUUAUUAGAAAUAUGUUAGAAUGUGUAAGCAAACGACAGUGCCUUUAGAAUUACAAUUCUAACUUACAUAUUUUUUGAAAGUAAAAUAAUUCACAAGCUUUGGUAUUUUAAAAUUAUUGUUAAACAUAUCAUAACUAAUCAUACCAGGGUACUGCAAUACCACUGUUUAUAAGUGACAAAAUUAGGCCAAAGGUGAUUUUUUUUUAAAUCAGGAAGCUGGUUACUGGCUCUACUGAGAGUUGGAGCCCUGAUGUUCUGAUUCUUCAAAGUCACCCUAAAAGAAGAUCUGACAGGAAAGCUGUAUAAUGAGAUAGAAAAACGUCAGGUAUGGAAGGCUUUCAGUUUUAAUAUGGCUGAAAGCAAAGGAUAACGAAUUCAGAAUUAGUAAUGUAAAAUCUUGAUACCCUAA